UUGUGUUGGCUGCCUGUUUCCGCCCCCUUUUCAUUUUAACACCUUUCCUUUCUUUGUCUUUUCAUGAAGCGACACAAACAGAACAGCUUCGGUUGCACUUUUAAAUAAACGUCACCACAAUACUGUAUAGACAGAUCUAUGUGAGCUAUUCGUUGAAGGCCGCGGAUUGUGUUCUCAUCGCCAUUUUCAGCCGCCAGACACCUCGGUGGAAUAAUGGACACAGACUACUCUUCCGGCUUGGAAAACCCUCUUUACAGCGAGCUGAAAUACUUUUGCAGGAAAAUACGAGAGGCCUACCAGGACCUGAAGGAGGAUUUAACACCUUAUCGUGAUGAUCGAUUUUACAGGCUGGCACCCAUGCGGCUCUACACCUUGUCUAAAAGACAUUUUGUCCUGGUCUUUGUGGUGUUCCUGAUAUGCUUUGGCCUCACAGUCUUCAUUGGGAUUGCAGGUCCAAGGAUUAUUGCUGAGCAGGAGCAUAAUGCUGAUCAGUUAAAAAGCACAAAUGGUUCAAUAAAGACUGGACCAUUUACUUUAGAUUCUCCACCUCUCACCACCUACAACCAGCAGCUGUGGCUCACCUGUGUGAUGCAGGCUGGAAACAGCAAUAUGAAAGACUUCAAGCAGAACUUUGAAAUCAACAUUGAUCUUAAAGGAGUGAUACAGGAUGCCAGUAUGACGCACAUCAAGAGAGUGCAGCAGAAAUCACGGAUGCUGCAUUGUGGCGCUCAGAAAUGCGAUGAGAUCAUUGUCCUGCACCUGGGUUACCUGAACUACACUCGGUAUCGGGUUGCUGUCAGCUUCCAAGGCCUUGAAAACAUCUCCUAUGAAAUCAAGGUUAAAUUUGUGUGGAAAACAUACAACCCCACCUUCUCUCAAGUGGAAAUUUGGUUCCGUUUUGUCUUUGUGGUUUUGACUUUUAUGGUAACGUGUAUGUUUGCACAUUCUCUGAGGAAGUUUUCCAUGAGGGACUGGGGUAUUGAGCAAAAGUGGAUGUCUAUUCUGCUUCCUUUGUUGCUGCUCUACAAUGAUCCGUUCUUCCCAUUGUCAUUCCUGGUGAACAGCUGGUUUCCAGGGACCUUGGAUGCUUUUUUCCAGGCUCUCUUCCUGUGCGGCCUGCUCCUCUUCUGGCUCUGCGUCUACCACGGCAUCAGGGUUCCGGGCGAGAGGAAAUUUCUCACCUUCUACCUGCCCAAGCUGAUCAUCGUGGGUCUGCUGUGGCUGUCUGCCGUCACACUUGGCGUAUGGCAGACUGUUAACGAGCUCCAGGAUCCCACCUUUAACUACAAACUGGAUAUUGCGAACUUUCAGGGCAUGAAGGUGUUCUUCCUGAUCGUUGUUGCCUUCUACAUCUUGUACCUGAUAUUCCUGAUUGUCCGAGCUUGUUCUGAACUGAAGAACAUGCCUUACUCAGAUCUUCGGCUUAAGUUUUUGACAGCACUGACCUUUGUAGUUCUUGUAAUAAGCAUGGUCAUUCUGUACUUGAGGUUUGGUGCCAAGGCUCUUCAGGAUAAUUUUGUGUCUGAGUUAUCUACCCAUUAUCAGAACUCAGCUGAAUUUUUAUCCUUCUACGGCCUGCUCAACUUUUAUUUAUACACAUUAGCAUUUGUGUAUUCUCCCUCAAAAAAUGCCCUGUAUGACUCGCAGCUGAAGGACAACCCUGCCUUCUCCAUGCUGAACGACUCAGACGAUGAAGUAAUUUACGGGAGUGAUUAUGAAGAAAUGCCUUUACAGAAUGGGCGUGCCAACAAAGUAACGACAAAGUACCAGGACGACAGCGAAAGCGACUGAUGCAUCCGUUGGCAGAUACUUCUCUAGUCUCUUCCGGGUUGGAAACCAUGAGGAUUCAGAGAUUAUCAUUUAUGUGCAUCUGCACUUACAAAGUAAAAAAAAAAAAACUGUACAUAAAUAUAUAUAUUUUUAAAAGAAGAUAAAUUACAUCUUUGCUGAAUGUACUGUACUUUUGAAAGGUGAGUAAACCAACUCACACAAAAGCAACAUGUAUGUAUAACAGUUUUUACUGGUGUUAUAAACACUCAUGUGUGACUCUUCAAAUCCUGAUUGAUUGAAGCAAACAGGAAGUGUGUCACAGAGUUGGAUUUCCGAGUUGAAACUUUUUAAAGCUUUAUGUUAAACUACUGUUGUAUGUCUGACUACUUUAUAUCAUUCCUUUUUUGCCUUUUGGCACUCUGACAAUAAGAAACCACUACAAGAUGCAACUCACUAACAUCAUAGUUUGGGCAGGAAGUAAAUUAUGCUUCAGGGAAUCUAAUCAUAAAACCUCUUUAACCUCAAUUAAAGGGGAUGUUAUAAAAGAGCCUUAAUUUCAACAGGUACCACUAUUAUCACCACUUUAGAAAAGCAGCUGUAAAUGUGCACAUUUCAAGUUUUAAUUUAAUUUGCCAAAAAGUGAUUUGAUACCGUUUUGUAGGAUAAGUUGUGGAAGGUCAUCUUCCAGCCAGCUAGUUACUCAAUUCUUAUCCCAGCAUGUACAGAACAGUGGCCCAAACAUUUUUGCCUUCCUUAAACUUUUUUUUUUAAUUCAGAACUUUACCGGUAUUGCCAAUGUUCUUCUUGCUGCUCUUGUUGUAAGAGUCAGGAGCUUAUGGACAAAAACAACCAAAAUAAAUGUAUUUCAGUUCAAUAUGGAUGUGUUUUAAUCAAGUUGGUGCCUUGUCUUUACUCCUUUUCUCUUGUAAAUGGGCUCCAGUCUCAGAUCUAUAAAUGUAAAUACAAAAUUCCUUGUAAAUGUUGGUUAUGUUAGCUAAACAUGGUUGUUUUUUCAAACGUUAAUAGUUUGAUUUAAUUGAUGCAAGGCUGUAAAUAUGGCAGUGUCAUGUGAUGUGGAAAUAAAGCAGUGGAUACAGACAUA